AAUUAGUAGGGAAUUUGUAGUUUGUGAUUAGUUUGUAGAAUUUUGCCCUCAAUUAAUUUGUUUUAACAUUCAAGAUAACGUAAUAUUUAAGUAAUACAGAUUUAAAGCUAAUUUUAAUAUAUUAUUAGGUAUUUUUCUAAUCAAAACUAGUGUCUGAAGUCAAUAAUGGCAGACUUCUUGGAAUCAGAAGCAGAAGAGAGUGAGGUUGAUUCUGAAGAAGACGAACAGCCAGCAAGUAAAAAACCCAAGCGAAAAGCUGCUGUGCAAAGUGAUGACGAAGACGAUGAAGAAGAAGAUGAUGAAGAACGUCUACGGGAAGAAUUAAAGGACCUCAUUGAUGAUGCUCCUAUAGAGGAGUCAGGUAGUGAUGGUGAAGAUUCAGAUGCUAGUGCAGGACCAAAGAAGAGAAAAAAAAGCGAUGAUGAAUUAGAUGACCGACUUGAGGAUGAAGAUUAUGAUUUAAUUGAAGAAAAUUUGGGUGUUAAAGUAGCGAGGAACAAAUUCAAACGUCUGCGUCGGUUGGAGGAUGAUGAUAGUGACAACGAGGGUGUGGAUGACCCGGACUUAGAGAGAGAGGUCAUUGCAGAGAAAUUAUUUGUUGGCGGUUCUGAUGAGGAGGACGAAAACCGAUCUGAAUCUGCAGCUCCUCGUGAAGCUGAAUAUGAUGAUGAGAAUGAGGAUCUGGAGUCCGACGCUGAUGACUUUAUUGUCGAUGAUGAUGGUAGACCUAUUGCUGAACGUAAGAAGAAGCGAAAGCCUAUAUUUACUGACGCGUCACUUCAAGAAGGUCAAGAUAUAUUUGGUGUUGAUUUUGACUAUGAUGAGUUCGAGAAAUACGGUGAAGAAGAUUACGAGGAUGAAGAGGAAGAGGACCUUGAUGAAUAUAUUGAAGAUGAAGAGGAAGAUGGUGACAGAAGGCGCACUAAAAAAGGCAAAGCUAAGAGACCGAGCAAGAAAUCUAUAUUCGAGAUAUAUGAGCCCAGUGAGCUGAAACGAAGUCACUUCACAGAUCUUGAUAAUGAGAUACGUAAAACUGAUAUACCAGAGAGAAUGCAAAUCAGAGAAGUGCCAAUAACACCAGUUGAAGAAGGCAGCUCCGAGCUGGAGGAUGAAGCGGAAUGGAUUUACAAACAGGCAUUCCUGAAACCUCCCGUCUCCAAGGCAGAUGCACAAGAGGCCAGGGAGAGAUCGAGAAGAACUGGAAGCACAGUAAUAAAGAUUAGACAGGCGUUAGACUUCAUGCGGAACCAGACCCUGGAGGUGCCAUUCAUAGCGUUCUACAGGAAGGAAUACGUGCAGCCCGAGCUGAGCAUCAACGACCUGUGGAAAGUCUACAAAUAUGACGCUAAGUGGUGCCAACUGAAGCAGCGCAAAGAGAAUCUGAUAAAGCUGUUUGAGAAUAUGCGCGAGUACCAACUUGACAAGGUUAUGGAGAAUCCUGAUGCUCCCAUACCGGACACCAUGAGGCUCAUCAAGGAUGAAGAUAUCGAUAGAUUAAAGAGUGUUCAGACAUCGGAGGAACUGAGGGAUGUCCAUACACACUUCUUGCUGUACUACUCACACGACUUACCAGAAAUGCAGAAGUUGCAGCGCGUCAAAGAGAGGAAAAAGGAGAUAGAAGAGAAGAAGAGGCAAGCUCGUGAAGAGGCGGAGAGGAACGGAGAGGAUCCUGAGGAAGCGGCGGCCGCCGUGCAGGCUAGUCUACCUGAUGAAGAGGAGCCGACUGAAGUCAAAUAUGCCGUCAGAUCUGGACCCUAUGAGCUGUGUAGGAAGGCUGGUCUAGAGCCACUGGUGCGAAAGUUCGGUCUGACGGCGGAACAGUUUGCGGAGAACGUCCGUGAUAACUACCAGCGGCAUGAGGUCGAACAGGCUCCCGUACCGCCACUGGAAGCUGCGCAGGAAUAUACGGCGCGUUCGGCGGGGUGCUCUGCGGCGGAGGCGGUGCGGCGCGCCGUGUACAUGUGCGGCGUGCAGCUGGCCCGCGAACCGCUGCUGCGGUCCACGCUGCGGGACGCGCUGCGGGAGCGAGCCACGGUGAGCGUGUGGCCCACGCCGCGCGGCCUCAAGGAGAUCGACGAGAGCCACGCCUGCUUCAGCAUGAAAUAUUUAAAGAAGAAACCGGUGCGAGAUCUAACUGGUGACCAGUUCCUGAAGCUGAGCAUAGCAGCCGAGGACAAGCUGCUCGAGCUCAGCAUCAGUGAGAACAUAGAGGGCAACACCGGUCCUAGCUAUCUUGAGGAGCUGAAGCAACUCUAUCAGAAGGAUGAGUUUGCCGCGACCGUGCAGGCGUGGAACGAUCUCCGCGCGGAGGCCGUCACCCUGGCGCUCACUAAGAUCGUGAUGCCGGAGCUGCGGCGCGAGCUACAAGCGCUGCUGCUGCAGGAGUCCAAGGAGUACGUGCUUAAAUGCUGUCGCCGUCGGCUAUACGACUGGCUGAAAGUGGCGCCGUAUGAGUCGCGCGUGUCUGAUGAUGACGAUGAAGAGUGGGAUGCUUCUAAUGGUAUCCGCGUGGUGUCCAUCGCGUACGUGCCCGACCGCGCACACUGCGCGUUCGCGUGCGCCGUGGUGGGCGGCGGCGAGGUGACGGACCACCUCCGUCUGCCGCACCUCUUAUACCGCCGGAACGCGUUCGACGCGCUGGAGCGGGAGAACAAGGAGGCCGACCUCACCGCACUCAGGAGGUUUAUUCUCCGUAAGAAGCCCCACGUGAUCGUAAUAGGUGGUGAGUCCCGCGAGGCUCUCAAUAUAAAGGCGGACGUGUCCGAAUGCGUGCAGCAGCUCAUAGAAGACGAGCAGUUCCCCAGGAUACCGAUAGAGAUAGCUGACAAUCACAUCAGCAAGAUCUACAGCAACAGUAUUCGGGGACGGAAUGACUUCAGAGAAUACCCCGACAUACUCCGACAAGCGAUAUGCCAAGCGCGACUCAUCCAAGACCCUCUCAUGGAAAUAUCACAACUGUGCGGCCCUGAUGAAGAGAUUCUAUGUCUGCGGUAUCAUCCGCUACAGGACCAGAUCACCAAAGAGGACUUACUAGAGGGUAUAGAACUAGAGUUCGUCAAUAGAGUCAAUGAAGUUGGUGUUGAUGUGAAUGAAGCUGUUCUAACCGGUCGGGGGACGGAGCUGUUGCAGUUUGUGUGUGGUCUAGGACCCAGGAAGGCCCAAGCUUUACUCAAACUCUUCAAACAAACUAACCAGAAGUUAGAAAACCGAACACAGUUAGUCACAGUGUGUCACAUGGGGCCCAAAGUGUUCAUAAACUGUUCUGGAUUCAUCAAGAUAGAUACAAGCAGUUUGGGCGAUAGUACGGAAGCAUAUAUAGAAGUCCUGGAUGGUUCAAGGGUGCACCCGGAGACUUAUGAAUGGGCAAGGAAAAUGGCUGUUGAUGCACUGGAGUACGAGGAUGAAGACGCAAACCCAGCUGGUGCUCUAGAGGAGAUUCUCGAAGCCCCUGAAAGAUUGAAAGACUUAGAUUUGGACGCGUUCGCUGAAGAAUUGGAACGGCAAGGCUUUGGAAAUAAGAGCAUAACGCUGUAUGAUAUUCGUGCCGAACUGAACUCCAGGUAUAAAGAUCUCAGAGUAUCGUACCGCUCGCCCACACAUGAGGAGAUGUUUGAUAUUCUGACCAAAGAGUCGCCGGACUCCUUUUUCGUAGGCAAGAUGGUGCUCGCAACAGUGGUGGGAAUCUCUCACAGGAAACCGCAGAGGGAAAUGUUGGAUCAGGCGAAUCCGGUGCGAAAUGAUGAGACUGGUUUGUGGGAGUGUCCCUUCUGUAGGAAGAAUGACUUCCCGGAACUGUCAGAGGUGUGGAACCACUUCGACGCCGGCGCAUGUCCGGGCCAGGCGACCGGAGUCCGGGUCCGGUUGGACAACGGUCUGUCCGGAUACAUCCACAUCAAGAACCUGUCGGACCGCCACGUGACGGACCCGACGGAGCGAGUCCGGAUCGGGCAGACAAUACACUGCCGCGUGCUCAAGAUCGACGUGGAGCGGUUCUCGGUCGAUUGUUCGUCUAAAUCGUCGGACCUGUUGGAUAAGAAUAAUGAGUGGCGACCUCCAAAAGAUCCGUACUACGAUCAAGAGUCUGAAGACAAGGAUAUCAGAAAGGACAAGGUGGCGAAACAGACGAAGGAACGCGCGCAGUACGUCAAACGGGUUAUCGUGCACCCUUCAUUCCACAAUAUAUCCUUCGCGGAAGCUGAGAAACUCAUGGAAAGCAUGGCGCAGGGUGAAGUCAUCAUCAGACCUAGUAGCAAGGGUUCCGACCAUUUGACUGUGACAUGGAAGGUGGCCGAGGGCAUAUGCCAGCACAUAGAUGUGCGAGAAGAGGGGAAAGAAAAUGCAUUCUCAUUGGGCCGCAGUCUGUGGAUACAGGGGUCAGAGUUCGAAGAUCUCGACGAAAUCAUAGCCAGGUACGUCACCCCUAUGGCGGGUCACGCUCGCGACCUCAUCGCAUACAAGUACUACAAGCCCCUGGGCGGCAUGAGGGACAAGGCCGAAGAAUGGCUAAAAGAAGAGAAGGCGAAAAACGCUAACAAAAUCCACUACAUCAUCUCCGCCGCCAAGAACCACCCCGGCAGGUUCCUCCUCUCGUAUCUCCCCAGGAACAAAGUCACCCACGAAUACGUCUCAGUAACUCCAGAUGGGUACAAGUUCAGGCAGAGGAUGUUUGACUCGCUUGGCGGUUUGUUGAAAUGGUUCAAGGAGCACUUCCGGGACCCGCCGCCGAGUGGAACCCCGGUCCAACGAACCCCGGCCUUGCGAACCCCUCACGGCGGCAUGACGUCGACCAUGUACCACACGCCGGCUCCUCACACCCCCGCCUUCCACACCCCCGCGCAUACCCCGGGACCGGCCUACAUCAACACACCCUACACACCUUCCGCACAGACUCCGUACAUGACACCGUUUGCGACGACGCCGCGGCAACCCGACUUCCUCACCCCAGUCGUGCCCCGCCACAAACAAGUCCCCGUGUACACGGAGCCGUCAGACUGGCAGAAGGCGGCCGAGGACUGGGUCCGACAUAGAACUGUUAGAGACACGCCGGCGACGCCGCGGAGUAGUGAGGGCAUGUCGACGCCGAGACAAUCGAACAGGACCCCGCGGCACGACAUGCGAUCCACUCCGCGGCACGACCGGACCCCGCGACACGACGACCGGACGCCGCGACACGACGACAGAACACCACGGUACGACGACCGAACGCCGCGACACGACGACAGAACGCCGCGACACGACGACAGAACGCCGCGUCACGACGACAGGACGCCGCGACACGACAGUAGGACCCCGCGACACGACAGCAGGACGCCGCGACACGAUGGCCGGGGCUCUCGCUCGCAUUCCGUCAGGUCUACCCCCCACACCAACACCUCGCCCAGAUCAAUGUCGCUCGGAGACGCGACACCGCUCUACGAUGAAAAUUAGACGCAAGACUGAUGAAAUUUUUAUUUUUGUACGAGUGACGUACGCGCUUAACUUUAAGCUAAUUAUUUCGGGAAUACGAUUAUUCUCACUAGUGUGACAUGUAAUAUAAAUAAUUUCAUAUAGGCUAGCUCAGUUAAUACAUUGUCUACGGCUCCUCCGAUAAAAAAUUGUCAAUGUUAAAAUUUUAAUAAUACUUUACUUUUUGUGCUAAUGCGUAACAUAUUCAAAAAUGACAUUUGGCACGCAAAAUCUGGCAUGGUAUAGUAUAUUUCAUCACGAGUGCGGAAACCCUGUCAUUGCAAAGAGUUCCGAGUUGACAGUCGGAACAAGUUGCAAUGACGGUUCCGCACGUGUACUGAACUACUAUUUUUAAUACAGUUGCGAAAAAAUGAAGCAAUUUUUUGGAAUAAUACUAACACAAUAAAACUUAACUAAAAUUGUAACCGUAAAAGAAUAUAAGCAGAGUUUUUUUUAUUUCUUCACCCAUUUUGGGUAGGCAAAGGGAAUUAUGCCAAUACAGCCAAGUCUUCAGUAGAUUUUUUUUAUUCAUAUGAAAUGAAAAUGAAAUUUAAAAAAAUCUCAUUGAAUCAAAUCAUUAAGUCUGAUAUUGAAACAAUUAGUAGCUUCUAUUUAGAAAUAUUUGCAUAAAUCAUAAAAACUUCGUGGUUGGUUUUUUCUUUUUAAUAGACAUUAUUUUGAUAGUUGGGAAAGAGAACGCACAAGUUCGGCCUACAUCCCGAAGGGUAUACGUCCCUGCAAUACGCCACUUUUUGAGCAACUGUAUUAAAAACUUAUUUUAGAGGUAAAACUUUUAAUUAAUUACCAUUGAGACAAUUGUUUUAGUGGUCAUAAACUAUUGUUUUAAGUAUAAAUUACUAUUUAUCAUCGAGAUGACAAAAUAAUCAUGCAAUUAAGUUAUGAAUUGUAAACUAAUUAAAUCUGUGCUACUAAUAACGGGGCUUGACUUUUCCUUGUAUUAAAACAAUAAGUUGCAUUAUCAAUAAUAGGGCUGAGAUGGGAUCAUUAAAUGAAAUACGUGUCUUACUGCACUACUUCCGGUGUUUUAUUAUAAACGUCUUCAUUAGUAAACAAACUGUUUAAAUAUUCUUAGUUCGACUGUACCGUAAUGCUUUGUAUGGUUCAUGAAAUCAUUAGAAAUGUGACGUUACUUUUUAAUUAUUUAAAUUGAAAUAAAUUUCGGUUAACAAACAUUGUUUUAUGCUCAGUUGGUGCAUGACAAAAACUUCUUGACCGUUUAAUCUUUUCUGUUCUUCUAGACACUUGUCUGUCGAUGAAUUAGUCUCAUAAACACGUUAUUACGAUAUUAUGUAACCCCGCUACAUACAUAAAAUACUAUAGGAUAACGCAUCAUGAUCAAUACGUAUCAUAAAAUGGCGGUUAUACUUGUCAGAAAGUACCGUCAGCAAAAAAAAUGUAAUAAGGGAUAUUUGUUUACCGGAUUUUUUUUAACGUAGGCUGGGGUUAGCCUUCAAAUGUGAAGCAAUAAAUAAUAUUUGAGUUGCGUCUUCUGAAGCUUAUGAUGACUAAUUGUAGUUCGAAAAGUAUGAAUAACAUAUUAUUCCCGUAGAUAGUACAAUGUCCUAUAUUUUUUCUUAUGAAACCAAUUCUGUUAUAGUACCUACUUUUAAAUAUAUUAUAAAAAUUCAUUCAUAUUAUUAAAUUUAUACAUAAUUUAUACUACUUAGUAUAUAUUUAUAAAUUCAUCUAUUUCUCAUUUGUAUACUCGCUAUAUUGUCAAUACCUAAAAGUUUGUAUUGAUGCAAAUAUUACAAAUUUGGUCCAGUUUUAGGAAUUUAUACGGACGUUGACACCUGAAAAUGCCGUUAUUUUGCCGUGUUACCAUGUAAGAUUAAUUUUUAAUUAUAACCUUCAUAGAAGCUUAUCACAGAUAGUGAGAGUUAGAAUGUGGUAAGUUUGUUUGAUUGAUUUUGAAUUAAGGAAACACUGCGAAUAGCUUUCUAUUUUAUAUAACUACUCUUAGUGAAUCUUUCAAAUCAAAAAUGUCUCCUUUCGGUUUUUUAAGCAGUUUUAUAAAAUAGUACGGAGGCUAAUUGGGGCGUGGCCAUGGUCAUAAUCGAACGAGAAUUUUACAUAAUAGAUUUAUAGAACUUAGUCCUAUAAUAAACUACAGUUCUAUCGUACCGCUUUUGGCGGGAAGCGAUACGAUUGGUCAAUUUUAUGGACGCCACGCCCAUAUACCUCGUAAAAAUUGGUGGACGUGUACUUCAUAGAAAUAAUUUGUAUUGUCGGUCUAUUCUCUUUUAAUGUCUUUCGUCAUAAUUUUAUGUUUAUCCAUUUGAAUUCACGUCCUCACGGACGUGAAUUCAAAUGGCAAGGUUUAAAUUGACUAUUUUUGAGCUAACGUUGCAUCCUUGGUGUUAGCGUUUAGCACUCAACCCAAAAAUUGUUUUGGAUUGGCAUUGAUGCCACUUGUCAGACUGCUGAAGAAAGAAAGAAGUUUCACCUUCUCCCUUGAUUCUAAACCUGUGUUAUUUUUAUUUAAAAAAAAUAUUAUUAAUUAUUAUUUGUGGUCGCAAUUAUGUGUAGAAAGUUCAAAAUGAGCGGAAGACAUGUAUAAUAGCUCCGUAAAAAUCAACUAGCAUUUGACUAUGCAAAGUAAUUUGGUAUUAAAAUAAUUAUUACCGCAUAAGAACUUUAUACUUCAGUAGAUCCAGCAGAUCUACAGUUUACCUAAUUUUAUUGGCAUUGCUGAUAGCAGCUCGAGAAUGUUAGGAUAAAUAAAUAUGUACCAAAACUA